CAUUGGAUGAAGGCGUCUUCUGUAGGGGGAGUUUUGUUAAGAUUCCCGAUGCUCAACCUGAACGUUAACACGCUUCACUUGUGGUACGGUAUUGGAAGCAUAAGGACUUUAUCUUUAAUUUCAGCGAGAAGUAAUUUUCAAAAAAUGAAAGAUUAAAUUGAUACACACCUUGAUAGGGUUAGGGCUACAGCGCUUGUUUACGGACAACCGAAGGAAGACAAGAGGCGACCACCUAUGCUAAUUAGCUAUUUAGUAUGCUCCAAAACACCUGUGUAUGAGGAGGUGUAGUUUCAUCAAAUGGAGGCACCCACAGUUGUAUGGAUCUGCAACCUGUGCAAAACUGCUACAGAAGAGCCAUGCAAGCGUUUUUGAAAGGUACAUCUACACAAGGCACCAGACCUCUGAAAGAGAAAGGUGCCGGGACCAAUGCAGAGAAGAAGCAGAAGUCUGUCCCCUGGGUAGAGAAAUAUAGACCAAAAUGUAUGGAAGAGGUGGCGUUUCAAGAGGAGGUGGUUGCUGUGCUGAAGAAGACUAUAGAGGGUGCUGAUCUCCCAAAUCUGCUGUUCUAUGGACCACCUGGAACAGGAAAGACCUCCACCAUCCUGGCUGCAGCCAGGGAACUUUAUGGGCCAGAGCUGUACCGACAGAGAGUGCUGGAGCUGAACGCCUCUGAUGAGAGAGGGAUUCAGGUGGUCCGAGAGAAAGUCAAGAGAUUUGCCCAGCUGACUGUAGCAGGACACCGCACUGAUGGGAAACCAUGCCCACCCUUUAAGAUCAUCAUCCUGGAUGAGGCUGACUCAAUGACCAAUGCUGCUCAGGCUGCUCUCAGACGCACCAUGGAGAAGGAGUCCCGGACCACCCGCUUCUGUCUCAUCUGCAACUACGUCAGCAGGAUUAUUGAGCCCUUGACAUCCAGAUGCUCCAAAUUCCGCUUCAAACCUCUAGCCAAUCAGGUCCAAGAAGAGCGCUUGCUAGAAAUCUGUGACAAGGAGAAUCUCAAGUACUCGAAGGAGGGAAUUGCAGCGUUGGUGAAGGUUUCAGAGGGUGAUCUGAGAAAAGCUAUAACCUUUCUUCAAAGUGCUGCACGGCUGAACACAGAUAAUGAGAUCACGGAGAGUGCAGUCAUAGAGAUAGCAGGGGUUGUUCCCCCCAAGAUGAUCAACAAUUUGCUUAAAAUCUGUUACAAGGGCACAUUUGAAAAACUAGAGAUUGCUGUUCGGAACAUGGUAGAUGAAGGCUAUGCCGCCACACAGAUCCUUAACCAGCUACACGAAGCCAUCAUAGAGGAAGAGCUGAAUGACAAGCAGAAGUCUGCCAUCACGGAAAAGAUGGCUGUGGUUGAUAAGUGUUUAGUGGAUGGUGCAGAUGAGUACCUGCAGAUGCUGAGUCUGUGUUCUGUGAUCAUGCAGCAAGCCACGCAGAGUAACUGACCCUACAACCUCACCUCUCCUCAUGGACUGUUCCUCUACGUAUAAAUCCUAACCAACUGCUUUUUCAAUACAUUUUUGUAUGUUUUUACUCAUUAAUCUAAAUAUAUUCCUUUAAAUACUGUAUUUGUCAAUCAGUGCUGUACAAGUCAUACUUCAUGGGUCAGUUUCAUAGAAAAGUACUGUGUUUUCACAUCUGGGCUUUCUGAGUCAGUUAGGAAAAAAACACAUGUAACCAUAUUCUUUUAUAUAAAGAAAACGGAAUAAAAAAACAA